GAGCGUGUGAGGAGAAGGAGGCCUUCGGUUGUGCUCCGGCCUCGCCCGGCGGGGCUGCCUCCGGUCCCCCCCCUCCCCUCCCCUCCGGUGGCCGCCGAGAUGGAGGCCGUGCCGCGCAUGCCCAUGAUCUGGCUGGACCUGAAGGAGGCCGGGGAGUUCGGCUUCCACCAGGCCGUCAAGAAGUUUGUCCUGAAGAACUAUGGUGAGAAUCCCGAGAAUUACAACGAAGAGCUGAAGAAGUUGGAGCAGCUCCGGCAGAAUGCCGUGAACGUGCCCAGGGACUUUGAAGGCUGCAGCAUCUUGCGGAAGUACUUUGGCCAGCUUCACUAUUUGCAGAGCCGCAUCCCCAUGGGGGCAGAACACGAGGCAGCUGUCCCCAUCACCUGGACAGAGAUCUUCUCUGGGAAGUCUGUUACCCACGAGGAUAUCAAGUACGAGCAGGCCUGCAUCCUCUACAAUCUUGGUGCCUUGCACUCCAUGCUCGGGGCUAUGGACAAGCGGGUGUCUGAGGAGGGCAUGAAGGUCUCCUGCACCCACUUCCAGUGUGCAGCCGGUGCGUUCACGUACCUGCGGGACCACUUCCCUCAUUCCUACAGCGUCGACAUGAGCCACCAGAUCCUCAACCUCAACAUCAACCUCAUGCUGGGCCAAGCUCAGGAGUGCCUGCUGGAGAAGUCAAUGCUGGACAACCGCAAGAGCUUCCUCGUGGCCAGGAUUAGUGCCCAGGUGGUGGAUUACUACAAAGAAGCUUGUCGGGCCUUGGAGAACUCCGAAACGGCUUCCCUUCUGGGCAAGAUUCAGAAAGACUGGAAGAAGCUGGUGCAGAUGAAAAUCUACUACUUUGCUGCUGUAGCCCACCUGCACAUGGGGAAGCAGGCGGAGGAGCAGCAGAAGUACGGGGAGAGGGUCGUCUACUUCCAGAGCGCUUUGGAUAAGCUCAACGAAGCCAUCAAACUGGCUAAGGGUCAGCCUGAAACUGUGCAGGAGGCUUUGCGGUUCACCAUGGAUGUGAUUGGAGGAAAGUUCAAUUCUGCCAAGAAGGACAACGACUUCGUUUACCAUGAAGCAGUUCCCGCUUUGGAUACCUUGCAGUCGGUGAAAGGUGCGCCUCUGGUGAAGGCCCUUCCUGUCAACCCCACCGACCCAGCUGUAACAGGCCCUGAUAUUUUUGCCAAGCUGGUACCGAUGGCCGCCCACGAGGCAUCUUCGCUAUACAGUGAAGAAAAGGCCAAGCUGCUGAGAGAAGUGAUGGCCAAGAUCGACGCUAAGAAUGAAGUUCUGGAGCAGUUCAUGGACUCUCUGCAGCUGGACCCUGACACGGUGGACAAUCUGGACAUGUACAAUCACAUCCCGCCCAUCUUGAUGGAGAAGUGCGCAGCCCUGAGCGUGCGCCCGGAGACGGUGAAGAACCUCAUCCAGUCCAUGCAGGUGCUGUCCGGCGUCUUCACAGAUGUGGAGGCCUCUCUGAAGGAGAUCAAGGACUUCCUUGACGAAGACGAGGCCCAGGAACGGAAGCUGCAGGAGGCUCUGGGGAAGCUCCCCCCACAGCAGAGCUCUCCUCCCACCCCUCCUUCCAGUCUGGCGGAAGUGGCCAAGGAGUGGGCCAAGUACAUGGAGGUGCACGAGAAGGCCAGCUUCACCAAUGCUGAGCUGCACAAGGCCAUGAACCUUCACAUCAGCAACCUGCGGCUGCUCAGUGGGCCCCUGGAGCAAGUGAGGGCCGCCUUGCCAACACCCAGUCUCACCGAAGAUGACAAGCAGGUGAUGCAGAACCUGAAGCGGAUCCUGGCCAAAGUGCAGGAGAUGAAGGACCAGCGGGUGUCCCUGGAGCAGCAGCUGCGGGAGAUGGUCCAGGAGGAUGACAUCACCACCUCCCUGGUGACAACAGACAGAUCGGAGAUGAAGAAACUCUUUGAAGAGCAGCUGAAGAAGUAUGACCAGAUCAAGGUGUACUUGGAGCAGAACCUCGCGGCCCAAGAGAACAUUCUCAAAGCCCUGACAGAUGCAAAUGUCAAGUACGCGACAGUGCGCAAGGCCCUUGCCGAGGUGGAGCACAAGUGGAACACCACCUUGCAGACUUUGGUGGCUUCCUAUGAGGCUUAUGAAGACCUGAUGAAGAAAUCCCAGGAGGGAAAAGAUUUCUACUCUGACCUGGAAGGCAAAGUAGCCAAACUCCUGGAGAAAGCCCAGACUGGCUGCAAGGAGGCUGAAGCCUCCCGGCAGCAGAUCCUGGAGAGAGAGAUGAAGAAGAGGCCCCCGCCCAGGCCCACCACCCCCAAGCCUGCUCUUCAGAAGGGGCCCCCGGAGCUGGAGCUUGCUGAGCCCCUGCCUCUGAGCUCCCUUUCCCUGGCUGACCUGCCUGAGGAACUGAGGAGCCUGCCUCCUGAAGUGCUGGCCGCUCACCUGGCGCAGCUGCCUGCAGAUGCCCUGGCGGCUCUUGGGGUAGCUCCCACCCCUGGCUGUGGGGGCCCGAGAGCCCCGGGCCCCGAGGGGUUUGGAGUGGGUAGCAGGGCUGCCAGUGCUCCUCUGCUGCCUCUGGUGACAGGCCAGCCCAGAGCUCCCUACCCCCCCAGCCAGUACCUUGCUGCAGGCCCUCUGCCCAGGCAGUACCACCCCACGGCAGGAAUCCCGGCCAGCUCUGGGCAAGGGACUCCUUUCCCAGGGGCCUUGAGGCCGCCUCACAUUCCUGCCUCACGGCCAGCUGUGCCUCCCCUGAGCUCUGCCCCUUCCUCUGUCCCUGGCCCACAUGCCUUCCCUCCCGGGGCCCUUCUGCAGGGCCCAGCCGUAGUCUCUAUGCAGCCUACCUACCCUGGCCCCCAGCUGCCCCCGCAGAGGUCCUCCCCUCAGCAUAUCCCCACUCCAGGGGUUGUUUAUUGCCUGGGGCAGCCGGCUUCUUCCUGUGGGGCGCUGCCAGCAGGCCACCCCCCUCCGCUUCCUAUUCAGCCACCCCCGACAGCCCCCAACCACUUUGGGGUAGGCAGCUUCCCCUCCCACACCCAGGCUGUGCGGCCAGCAACCACCACUGUGGACAGCAUCCAAGCCCCCAUCUCCAGCUGCACGGCCCCCAGGGGCAUGACUGGCCCCCUCCAGCACUGGGCGGGGCUUCCCCCCUCAGGUGGCUUUGUGGGACCGCAGGGGCCCGGCCUGCAGUUCCCCUACGCCCAAGCAGGAGCCCCUCCCUACUUGCAGCAGGCCCUGCCUCCGUUCUCAGCUGCUCAGCCCCCACAGGGCUUCUCUGCUCAGGGGCAGCCCCAGGUCAUUGUGGGCCCACAGCCAUCCCAGCAGCUCCCACCUCAGUUCCUGUCCCAGGUGCAGCCCCCUCAUCAGCCGGCCUUCCCACCUCCGUUCCCAGGCCAGGUUUCCAGCCAACAGCCAGUUCUGAGUCAAGGCCCUGCUCCUCCUACCAGCCAGGGGCGGUUCCCAGGUCAGCCGGGAGCCCAGCGCUACCAGCUUCCUGCCCAUGACAAGCCGCCUUCAUUGGGCCUGCCUCCCCACUCAGGGGCCAUGGUUUUCCCUACUGCUGUUGCCAGAGGCCCCAACCUCUCGGCUGGCCUGAUGGGGCCAGCCCAGCACCUGCCCCACCACCCACCUCUCGCUGCCCUCCAGCCCUUGCCUCCCGGCUCACCUGCCCCCAUCACCUUUGGUCCCACCCCCUCAGCCAGGCCUCCAGGCCCUGCUACGGCCCAGCUGCCGCCUAACGCUCCCAUGGUGCUGGCUGGCCACCAGCCCCCGCCUGCCAGCCAGCCUGUCGGUCCUCACAGCCCUGCUGUGCCCCAGAUGCCAGGUGGGGUGGUGGUGCAGGGAGCGGCCCUGCCCUCCCCAGCCCCCUCUCCCCAGCCCUCCUUGGCCAUCCCGCCUCCCUCCCUCCGGCCUUCGUCUGUGCCUUGCUCAGGCCCACUGCCCCAGCUGCCCCCGUCCUCCUUGGCCGCGGGAGCCACGCCCCUCAUCCAGGGCUCCUCUGAGGUCCAGUUUCACCGGCAGAGUACCUCCACCGAUGACCUCUUGUCCUCCAGCCCUGAAAGCCAGUUGGGGUGCGCCAAGGCCUCGGUCAGCCAACCGCUGCUGCAGCCCACCAAGGCUGACGCCAAAGAGGGUCUGAAACCCAAGGCAGUGCAGCUGAUUGAGAACGACCCGUACGAGAAGCCGGAGCACAUUCGCCGGCUGCUGGUGGAGCUGGACCGUUUCCAGGACACGGUGGCCGGCCUGGAGAAGCCGACCUCCGUGGGCGGGGUCAGCGAGCUGGACGCCACCUGGAAGGAGCUGCAGGAGGCCCAGGAGAAGGACGCCCGGCAGCUGUCCAUCGCCAUCGCCCGCUGCUACUCCAUGAAGAACCGCCACCAGGACAUCAUGCCCUACGACAAGAACCGCAUCAUCCUCCGGUCGGGCAAGGAUGACUACAUCAACGCCAGCAGGGUGGAGGACCUGUCCUCUUACUGCCCCACCAUCAUUGCCACCCAGGCGCCGCUGGUGGGCACAGCCUCUGACUUCUGGCUCAUGAUCUACGAACAGAAGGUGUCCGUCGUGGUCAUGCUGGUCUCGGAGCAGGAAAUUGAGAAGCAAAAGGUGGUCCGAUACUUCCCCACGGAGCGGGGCCAGCCCAUGGUGCACGGUCCAAUCACCCUGGUCCUUACCAGCUUGAAGGCCAGCCCAACCCACGUGGAAAGGAUGAUCACCCUUCAGUUCCGUGACCAGAGCUUGAAGCGGACGGUCAUUCACCUGCAGUUCUCCUCCUGGCCAGAGCUGGGCCUUCCGGACAGCAAAGGGAACCUUCUCCGUUUCAUCCAGGAGGUGCACAGCCAUUACCUUCACCAGCGGCCUCUUCAUACCCCCAUUGUUGUCCACUGCAGCUCUGGCGUCGGCCGCACGGGGGCCUUCUGCCUCUUGUAUGCAGCCCUGCAGGAGGUCGAGGCUGGGAACAGCAUCCCAGACUUAGUCCAGCUGGUGAAGAGGAUCCGCCAACAGAGGAAGCACAUGCUGCAGGAGAAGCUCCACCUCAAGUUUUGCUAUGAGGCAGUCCUUAAGCACGCGAAGCAGGUGCUGCAGAGACAUGGGGUCACCGCGCCAUCCACCAGCAAGCCUCCGAGCAGUACCUCUCAAAAGCCAUAUGUUCAAGACCCACAGGAUCUGGUGCUGGGAGCAGACAUGCCCAUCAGUUCCAUCCAGGCCACCAUUGCCAAGCUGAGCAUCCGGCCCUCCUUGGGAGGAGGCUCAGAACCUUCUGCAAACGGGCAGCCAUUAGAGCCCCCCUCCGUGCCUACCAUGGGUCAUGCCACCCCAGUCCUGCCACCACCUGCCACGCCGCCUCAACCUGUGCCUGCUGAUUAUGGGUGUACCAACAGCCUCGAAAUGGCCCCCCCACUCUCGCCGCCUGCCAGGCCCGAGUCCACCGGCCCUCCAACCGUAGAGAACAGCAGCCAUGCGGAGGAUGAGGGCGAAGAGGAAGGGCAGCGUUUGGAGCCCACCGCUGCUCUGGUGGCCCCUUCGUCCUCCUCACUGGAGCUCCUGGCCUCCUUGACCCCGGAGGCCUUCACUCUGGACAGCUCCCUCAAGGGCAGGCACAAGACGAGCAAACAAAGCUUCCUCCAGCCCCAGAAUGGCGAGGGUCUGCGGGGGGCCAGACCCAGCGACGACGACCCCCUGAGCAUGCUCGACCCACUCUGGACACUCAACAAGACAUGAGAAGAGGGCAAGGAGAGGGAGCAGGCUGCUGCCUGAGGUGUCUUCCGCCCAGACACAGCGGGGCAGAGGGGGUGUUGCCCCGUCUGUCCCUUGGUCACGCUGCUGCUUCACUUCAAAUAGGAUUACAGCCAGGAAGCCUCUGCUAUGGUUGCAGCAAGUUGCCAGUCUAAUUCCCCUUUUGUCAAGAUUUUUGAGCUGGCCGUUUCCCUCGCCUUCACGGUGAAGUCUAGUUAUUGGGGGUGCCCCCCCCCACUCUCCAGGCAGCAGGGGCAAGCAGGAAAGGGGGGGGAGGGGCAGCUUGGCUCUGCCUCAGAUCGGGGGCCUGGCAGUUACUCACAGCCCGCUACUCCCUUCUGAUCAGCCACAAAAGGGCUUGGGCUGGGAGGGGGGGGAAGGAGGAGGAGGGCCACCAGUCUGCCAAAACAGCAGUUUUGGCCAGCUCAGGCAGCCCUGUCCCUCUUUGCGCGGUUCCUCCUCUUUGGGGCUGGGGCACGCCUUUAUGUCACAGAAGAGGGCACAGGUAGCUCUGGACUAGGUCACCUUCCGGAGUGAUCCCAUGGGCACGGAGGUGGAUCUUUUGCACUUUAGCUAUUUUGCUUGAUGGUGGGGGGGGGGGGAGAGGAGCGUGUGUCUUCUGCUUCCUGCCAUCUGUUGAGUAGCCCUGCUAGUGACGAAAAGGGUAGAUGUCACCUGAGUGCUGGCCUGUCGGUCUCUUCUAUUCCUUUCCACUGUGGACUAUGUAACCCUUCUUGUCCUGGAGUGGUUCUGGCGUCCCACAGGGUGCUCGUCUUCAGGAGUAGGCAGUGCUAAUGUGACAUACGUGUCCAUAUGCUGACUGCUGCCUCCACAGGCACCCUCCUUGCGUCUCCAGCAGAUGCUCAAUUACUGGGGUAUGUGGCACUCCCCCCUCCCCCUGCUGGCUGAAAGGUCCUGUGUAGCAAUGGACAAGGCCUGCUUCUUGCGGCUUGGGCCGGGAGUUGCCCUGUUGCUAGCACUCAUAUAGGGAAGGGCAGCGCUCCACUUCAGAGGACAAGCAGCAAGGGGAAAGGGGAACGGGCAGCCCUGAGACAGGCGGGCUGGAGGACCAGCGCAAGGACCAGGCCUUUCCGCCCACGACGGGGCGUCUCCUUGCCCCUCCCCUCUUCUGUCAGCAAGAAAAGCAGCGACACUCAUUGGGGUUUUGCUGCAUCCUUGGGUGGGGUUGGGGAGAAGAGCAGUCGCUUUCUGGGUUCCUUUUUUCUUUUGUAUAAAUGUAAUAUGUCUUCACCUUAUUUACUCCAAAUUAGAACCAAACUUUUUCAGCUCUUUGCUACUUAAAUAAAUGGAGCAUUGC